AUGGAUUCCUCGUCAAGUCAGUUUGGGGGGUGUGGACACACUUGCGCGAAUUCGGGUAACGGCUACAAGGGAGAAAUCGAAAGGAAACUGUAUCCGACCAGGGAUGGACGUAAACUCCCGCCCCGCCACGGCAGGCGGGUUGGUUCCUCUGUCGUCGCCGGGGAGCUCUUAGUGAGGAGACCUAAGGAUAAGUUGCUAAAACAAACGGGAGGGGAGGAUCGACCCGUUCAGUAUAAUUCCGAAGAAAGACUGUUGGCAGCAGGUGUUGACAUUUAUUUUGCUCCCUUCAAAAGGAAAUGCGGGCGGGGUUAA